ACAGAGGAGUGAAUCCAAAUACUCAAGCACGACCUCAUCAUCAGUAGAAGCAGCAAAAACUGGAAGCAACACGACGAUUACGAAUGAUUAUCUGCUGUUUUGCUGUAGUAUUAUCCACGAGUGAGAACAGUGCAUUGUGUAUCGAGUGGGAAUAUUGUUUAUUCCCCAGCGAAAAACUACAAUCUGAGAGGACUCCGGAAAAAAAUCUUGCGAGCACUGACCGUAUCAAAUUUUUGGAUUUGGUAGAGCUUGCUAUUAGACACUUGGAAAAUUCUCAGGAAACAGGGAAAGUAUCCCCUUGUUGAACAACUACGAAGUCGACAAAAAACUUUCCAAAAAAGAACGGGGAAAGUGUGUUGCCUGAACGAGUGUGUAACGUUAUAGAGCACGGAGAAGAGGAAGAGUGAAUGAGAAAUUGCAACAGUCAGUGACUUAAUAGCGAGCGAGCGAGCAAGUGAGAGAGCAGUAUUAAUUCUUUUUUGUGUUGUCAUUCGCGACAGGCUGAAGCAGCACUUGAGCAACAACAGCAACAAAAAGAUAUUUUGCAAAGGUCACUGUGGUCAACCGGAUCGUAUGGUAUUGAAUGAGUACGACGAGCCAUGGAGGAUUUGGACGCACAAAACGAGUCGGAGGACCAUCCCCGCGUGAUCAUACAUGUGGAUAUGGACUAUUUCUACGCACAGGUUGAAGAGAUACUAGAUCCUAGCCUGAGGGAUAAACCGGUUGGAAUCAAGCAACGUUUCAAUGUGGUUACUUCCAACUACAUUGCAAGAGAGUACGGCAUCAAGAAGCUGAUGCUGAUUAAUGAGGCCAAGAAAUUGUGCCCAGAUCUGGUGCUCGUCAACGGGGAAGAUUUAACAAAAUAUAAACAAAUGUCCUGCAAAAUAAACGAGAUUAUGCACAAAUUUACUCCGAACGUUGAGAAGCUUGGAUUGGACGAGAACUAUUUGGACGUGACAAAGGAGAUCAACGAACAGUUGGAGCAGGGCGAAAAUUUGGAUAAACUUCAGCGCGUGGAAGGAUUUAUACAUCCACCACUGGAAGACCCAGGACUAACAGACCGCGAGGCAUUCCGUAGAGCAUGUAGUUGUGGCUGUGAUCGAAGGUUGAUCCUAGCAUCCCACCUAGCCAAACAAAUCCGUGAUCGUAUUUUUUGCGAACUUGGUUUGAAAUGCUGCGCAGGAAUCGCUCAUAACAAGUUGUUGGCGAAGUUGGUUGGCAAUGUGCACAAGCAAAAUAAACAAACGGUGUUACUUCCCAACUGUACAGCGAGCUUCGUAGGGUCACUGGGAGCGGUCAAAAGUUUAACCGGAAUCGGUGAAAAAACAGCUCAAAUUUUAGAAGAAUGUGGUAUAAAGACUGUUCGUGAACUACAGGAAGCUUCGUUUCAACAGCUAUCGACACGUUUAGGUUACGAACAAUCGAGCAAAUUAAAGGAAAUGUCAUUUGGUAAAGACGAUACUCCAGUAAAGCAAACGGGAAAACCAAAAUCAGUUGGUUUGGAAGACUCUUGUCCUGCGAUUUCCAUUCGUGCUGAUGCUGAGGACAAGUUUCGACAUCUUUUGGUGCGGUUAGUGAAAAAUAUAGCCGAUGAUGGCCGCAUUCCUAUUGCAAUUAAGGUAACCGUCCGAAAACAUGACUCUGUGAAGAAAACGAGCCACCGUGAGUGUAAGCAGGAUAAAAUACUACCCUCCUACUUUCGACACAAAGACGGAAAACUUAUAUUGGCCGAUGGUGCUCAGGAUAAAAUUCUUGUCGUUGUGAUGAAGGUGUUUGAACGGAUGGUCGAUCUUCGGCAACCGUUUAACAUAACUUUAUUGGGCCUUUCGUUUUUUAAAUUCCAAGAACGUAAAGCAGGAUCUAAAUCGAUAGCGAACUUUCUUAUCAAGAAGUCCGACAUUGAGGUGCAGUCGAUUACAAACCUCAGCAACGAAUCGCUCACAUUAAGUGAUAGUUUCACCUCAAACCGGUCCCUACCCAUCGCUAUGGAUUGUGAUCCAUCAUCGAGCGCUGGUAUGUCAGAUACCGCUUCGGUAGCUUCACUGUCCGGCUCGGAAUCAGAUGUUGAACCGUCACCUAAAAAGUGUCGGCGUUUGGCGACAUUCCUCGCUCGAAAGAACAGUAGUCUUCUAACAGCCUGUGAAGAUGAUUCUGCAUCUCCCAGUAAGUUGCGUGUAGCUGACCUUCGACUAAACUCAAAAGAGUACGAUCAAGAGCCUUCCAAUGCAACAAACAUUCCAUCCGGUUCAAAAUCUACAGGAUUUUUCAAAAAUCAUCUGUCCACGUCCACGCCGACAAAACCAUCUUCACUUGCAGAAUCGUCAUCGUUAUCGUUAGGUACGCUUAGUGACGGCAGCUCAAAGACAUGCACCGAAAAUAACCUGCCAUCUAAUGUCGACCCGGAUGUGUUCAGUGCAUUACCCUUGGAAGUGCAGAAGGAGUUACUGGAAAACUGGCGAAUAUCUAAUCCUGCAUCCUCUAGCACAUCGAUAGCUAACAGCGCUAGCUCGAGCUCGAAAAAUACGCUCCAUCGGUACUUUGUAAAGAACGCAUAGCGAUGCUCUCUCACAACAAAAACGGCUUAAUAUUAUGUUUAUUUAUUAACGAUAUGAAAGAAUAGUUUUUUUCUGUUACUACAAUCAAUGAGUUUGGCUGUAAAUAUUACUAUUACAAUUAUGAUCCAUUAUCCUUUAUGAUGUCCAGUUUUUGAGUAUUUCUCAAAAUAAAAAUGCUAUCUUAGUAUCAAACACGAAACUAUUCUCAACAACAGGAAGACAUUCAAAAAAUAGUGAUGAAAUAAAUAUAGAAACUUACAUUGUUAACAACAUAACAGUGAUUUUUUUUACUGAGAUAUGAGAAGAACAAUAAAAUAAAGAUC